AUGCAGAGUCCAAUCCCCCUCAUCAUCAACAACGAAUCCGUAGCUACGGGCAUCCGCUUCGACGUCCGCAGCCCCUCCACCGGCAAUGUCAUCGAAAGUUGUUCCGGCGCCUCAGUCAAUGAGGUAAACAAAGCCGUCGAUGCAGCAAAAGCUGCAUUCCCAGCCUGGAGCAAGAUGCGUCCGUAUGCCCGUCGCGACAUUCUGAUGAAAGCCGCCGACGUGCUCCUGGCGCGCAAGGAGGAGCUCAUACAGUACCAGCGUGACGAGACGGGGGCCGGUCGUCCGUUCGUCGAGCAUACCUUUUUGCUGGGUGUCAGUCUGCUGAAGGACUUUGCGGCGCGGAUCCCUUCGAUUGAGGGGACGGUGCCGUCUGUCACGCAGGAUGGGGAGGGUGCGAUGAUCUACAAGGAGCCCUAUGGGGUUGUAUUGGGAAUCGCUCCAUGGAACGCCCCGUUCAUCUUGGGAGUCCGGUCUGUUGCUAUCCCCCUGGCUGCUGGGAAUACCACGAUUCUCAAAGGCUCGGAACUGUCACCAAGAUGCUACUGGGCUAUUGGUGAUGCCUUCCGGGAAGCCGGCCUCCCUGCUGGAUGUCUGAAUGUCCUGUACCAUAGCGCUGCUGAUGCUGCAGAAGUGACAACAGCACUUAUCGCGCAUCCUUUCGUGCGGAAGAUCAGCUUCACCGGAAGCACGCAGGUUGGCAGGAUCAUCGGCACGACUGCAAGCAAGUAUAUCAAGCCUGUGCUGCUUGAGUUGGGCGGGAAGGCCUCUGCGAUUGUGUUGAAUGAUGCCAAUCUGGAGCAUGCGGCUUCUUCCUGCGUCACAGGUGCAUUCAUGCAUUGCGGCCAAAUAUGCAUGUCCACGGAGCGCAUCGUGGUCCAGCGAUCUGUGGCAAGCAAGUUCCGACUUCUUCUAGCUGCUGCCGCCGAGAAGAUGUUCGGCAAGGAUACACCAGCUCCAGUUUUAGUCACGUCUGCAGCGGUGGAUAAGAACAGGAAGCUGGUAAAAGAUGCCGUAGCGAAAGGAGCCAGUAUUCUCUUCGGCGAUGUCAAUGCCACCGAGGCUUGCAGUAGCAGUAUGCGGCCGAUCAUUGUCGACAAUGUCUCCAAGGAAAUGGAGUUGUACGCUGCUGAGUCUUUUGGACCCACCGUUUCUCUGAUUGAGGUCGACACGGAGGAGGAGGCAGUUGCUCUGGCUAAUGAUACUGAAUAUGGCUUGACAGCGGCAGUCUUCACGGAGAAUCUGGUGCGCGGGUUGAAGGUAGCAAAGCAAUUGGAGGCUGGGGCUGUUCAUAUCAACUCCAAAACUGUGCAUGAUGAGCCUGUAUUGCCUCAUGGGGGAUGGAAAAGCAGUGGAUAUGGCCGCUUCGGAGGGCCUCUGGGCUACGACGAGUUCCUGCAGACGAAGACAGUGACCUGGGUGGAAUAG